ACCGAGGAAAGAGAAAAGUGGGUGGGCUCGAGUUCAAUCGGUCGAACGUGGAUUCUCUUCUUGCCAAACUCGGGACCGCAUUGCGGAUGCACGCGGUACUUUGGUACGGAUCGUCGAUUUCAUUUACUUCCGUUGCUACUACUCUCGUUAUCUAUCGAACAAACGAGAGAGGAGGAAAGGGACGGAAAAGAAUAAAAAUUGCAUUUAGAGGACAAGCACGAGAAGAAAGAGGAAAGUCGAAAGCCAAUUGAACUGGUUGCGUCUAAUCAAGCUGGGAAAAUCAAACUCGAGUCGACAACGACGCGUGCAUGACCUAUCGGUUUUAGCCGCAGGCACGAUGCAUCUCCCCGUCAUACGGAGUCGAGUAAUUGAUUCGUUUCGCUAGGAGAACGGACUCGAGAGAUUCGUCGCCACCGAGACGAACUCGUUUCCCAUAUCAUUUCGAUGCGUUUUCAUAAAAUUCCAUAACGAUCGCGAUCGCCAUGGCCGAUCGUAAGUAAGUACGAGGGUAGUAUUCGAAGUAGCGUUCGAAUAAUUCACGUCAUUUUACAAGAUCGAAGCGACCAACGAGGAACAUUACCAUUCGGAUCGCGAGUUACGAACGAUCAAGAUAAACGAUCGUCCAUCCGUAUAUGCGUACACCACUUGGCCUCCUCUCGCGAUGCUACUCGAUUCUGCGAUCUCCACGGACAGUGGUACUAACCGAGGAUCGAUCGAAACGCAUCAAGAUCGAAUUUACGUCACGGACACGUGUCCUGCCAAGAUAACGGGCGUUUCGAUAUAAGCGUCGAAACGUGCUCGUGACACGAUCUGCCUACGGCGAAUGAUCGUACGAGCGGUAAAUCGAUAUUAAAGUCUCUCUCUUUAGCGUUGUAUAUGCUAUAAUUACCUCGAUAAUAUAUUUCUUCCCUGAAAAAGAAAAUAAAUACAAAACUAUCGGAAAAUAAUGAUCUCUUAUCGAACGAUCGUUCGUACCUAUUGCCAAUUAAGAAGAAAUUCUCGAUCCAAACUUGGCCUAUCGAAUAUAUACGGACGGCUGACCCAUCGACUCUCUUAGAAGAAGGAGGUCGUUGCUCAAUCGCCUCAAAUAUGGCACGAUACGAACUUUGUAAGCGCAUUAACGACAACGUACAUCGCGGAUCUAACGAUCGUUAAUUAGCGUUCUUGCGUGCACCGAGCGGAAAAAUCAUUCUCGAGACGGAUCUGCGAUACGUUGACGCUCGAAAGACGGCGCAAAAUACGAAAUCGAUUUCGUAUCGAAUGGCAAUGAUAAGAUAACGUAUAUCGCGAUACUUUCUUACGUAGAAUCGCGUAUAAUUAACGAUGAUGUCUGAUUUUCAAGCCUCGAGUAGACUCUUCAAAGAUCCAUUAUCGUCGUCGUACUCGUCGUCGUUGUUAUCAAGAUUCGAGCGUCGCUAAAUUGAAGGCAAUAAAAUCGCGUGCGCUGUAAUCCUAGCAAAAAGGGAUCGAUGAUACAACGCAUUAACGUAUUGUGUAUUACACCGAUAACGAUGCAGCGAAACAAAGUACGAUCGAUUUCUUUCGAUUUAGGGCCUAUCAACGUCGACGAUAUAUCUUCGCUCCACCGCUUUGUGCAAAGUUUAACGUUCCCUACGCCUAUGCUAUCUGCCUCUCUAUCUAUCUGUCUAUCUAUCUAUCUAUCUAUCUAGCGAACGUCGUCGAAUCUCCGCUUAUCUUUCCACGUUUGACACGAAUGCGAAACGUCAGUCGCAUUGCCGAUAACGUCCUGUCAAUAGAGAAAAUUCAUGUGAAAUUCUGCGAGCGUCGUUCCUGGGAUAGGACAAAAGACGCUUUCGGAUAGAAUGCAGCAUAGAGAGGAAAGGCAACGUCGGCCUGGAAGAACGAGGCGAUGAGAGCUCUGAAUGGAGUCCGAGGAAGCUUCGGAGCCCCCUGGGGCUCGAACAUACGUGCCAUCGUCAGGGUUCGAGCGGGCAGCUCGGCGCGAAAUCUCGACCUGAUUCGCGAAUUCUCUACGCGAACGUGAGCCAAAGAAGAUAAAAGAAAAGGUGGACAUAUCGCGGCGUUCGAAUCGAUUCGAAUCCGAGUAAAAAUAUAGAGAAUAAGCGGACGGGAUAAGCCUAUUAUACGUAGAUACAUAGAUAGAAAAAUUAACGCAUAAUAAAACGGCCUUAGAAAGUGUUUUCCUUUCGCUGACAACGACGCUGGCUAAGGACGCGGUAAGAAUUGAAUUAAUAUGACGUCGGACGCGUGUACGGAUCUUGUCGUUUCGUUGAUCGAUGAAUACGCAGCCGUGUGGGAGCGAGCAAGUCGUAGAGAAGAAAAGCAACGACGCGCCUCGCACCGGAAGAACGGGUAAUGCCUGUAAGAUGUUCGAAUCUCUUUCUCGUAACAAUUGGAAUUUGUCCUCGCGUAACGGGAUCAUAGCGGAGCCGACGUAAGGAGGUUUACGAUUUAAAAGUACUAGUAAAUCGAAUAAAGAACGCACGCGACAGAGAAAAGAAAAGUAAGAAGGAAGAUGGCAGCGCCGGUGAUAGAGAAGAAGCGAUUCUUUUGUCGCGAGUGGGCGUUCAUGAAACUGUCCCAUUGUUUGGAACAACGGCCCGCAUCGAAGACCUGUGGCGCGUUGAUCGUCGGUGGCCCAGGAAGCGGAAAGACUGCCCUCUGUGCCGAACUGGCAUGGCCCUCGAACGGCUCGAACGCGAGGCAUCAGAGAGCUUUGAAUCGGCGUCUUCUGGCGAGGCACUUUUGCCAAGCCAGAAGCGAGGCGUCUCUUUCGCCAGCCCAGUUCGUUAGAUCUCUGGUGGCACAAUUACUUCAGGCUAGUUCCGACGGUAUUCGUCGCGCGACACCGGACUCCCCGACGACGGUGAACGCGACGAAUCUGACGACGGCUGCGACUACGACGACGAACAACCCGACAGCGAACCCGACGGCGGCGGCGGCGACGACGACGACGACGACGACGACGGCGGCGACGACGACGGCGAUAGUCUUAACUUCGAAAGAGGCCGUAGCCGAGGCCUAUGCCGAAAAACUGAGAACGGAUCCGGAGAUUCAGGCCGCUUUGGAACCCGACGUCCUCGAUCGUGACCCGGACGACGCGUUGAAGAAGGCGCUGCUCUUCCCUCUUCUGGAGGUGGAACCUCCGAAAAGUUGUCUCUUCCUCCUGGUGGACUCCAUCGACGAGGGUCAAACCCUCAAUCCUCCUCAGACCGGUACCAGAGAUUCGAGAAGAGAGAACGACAACGUCAGUCGUACGAUCGCCGAACUCCUUGCCAACCAUCAUCACCUAUUCCCGCAGUGGCUUCUUCUAGUUUGUACAGCGCGACGUCAGAGCAAGACCAUCUCGCGUAUGUUCACCGGAUUCCGUAAGAUAUCUUUGGACGAUUUGAGAAAGUCUCAGGUGGUCAGGGACGUCCAGCAGUAUAUACUCGAACGUUUGGAUCAAGAGGAUACUCUCAGGUGGGUGGGUGCCGCCUUCGGCAGGCAACACAUUUCUCGCGAUACAGCGGAGAUGCUGAAUCAGCUACACAUCAAAAGCAACGGCUGCUUCUUGUACCUGGAAAAAGUGUUGGACGGUGUGGCCGAGAACUUUAUCGUCCUUCGAGAAGUUCGAGAGAUACCGGGAACGUUAAACGGUCUUUAUCUCUGGUUGUGUCAGAGGCUCUUUAGUAGGAAACAGUUUGCCAAGGUGCAACCCCUGUUGAACGUCAUUCUUGCUGCAAAAUUGCCCAUCACGCAAGAGAUACUUUACAAAUGCGUAAGAACGGCGUGCGCCAACAUCACCGUCGAAGACUUCAAUCGUCGCUUGCAUCUUUUACGAAGAGUCAUAUCGGUGUCUCGGGCCGGCGCUUUGAUGCUCUUCCAUCAUAGUUUCGCGGAAUGGCUGUUGGACGUGAAACACUGCACCCAAAAGUAUCUUUGCUCGGCCGUCGAGGGUCACGCCAUGCUGGCGGGCUACUACACGCUUGGUGGACCUGAACUUAACCCAGACGAGAUUUGCGUGUUGGGACAACACCUGCAGCGGGCGAUAACGAACGCGUCGACGAGCUACUGUACUCUCGACGUCCACACCCUUCAAGUGCUCUGGAUGAUGGGUACCGGUGCACCCAUCGAGGAAUGCUACUUGGAUAGUUCGGAGUGCAUAUUAUGGCCGCGGCAAGAAGUUAAACUUUUGAGACUUCUCAUAGACGCGGGCGCUAAAUUAUCGGAAAAGGUCGUCGAGGACGAUGCCAGUAAGGACGCCGUUUCUUCUAGUCAGGUCUCGCAAGACGCGAGCCCCAUGGACGAAUCCCCGAGUGAACCAUUAACCGAGUUACUCGGCGAGAGCGGUGACAUCAAUCAAACGGACUCUUGCGGUAGAACAGUAUUGCACACGCUCGCUGCGGAUGGCAAUGCGUCCUUGUUAGAACUCGCUCUUGCAGCUUGUCCGCAUGCAAAAUUGGAAGGCACCGAUCGUCACGGACAAACGCCACUGAAUUUAGCUGCCAGACACGGUUACGCGGACGUCGUACGGGUUCUUUUAGCCGCAGGCGCGAACGCGGACCAUGCCGAUUGCGAUGGUUGGACUGCCUUGAGAGCCGCCGCAUGGGGUGGGCACACUCAGGUGGUGGAACAGCUCUUGGAGUAUGGCGCGAUGGUCGAUUGCGCCGACUGGGAUCAAAGGACAGCGCUGAGAGCUGCAGCCUGGGGCGGCCACGAAGAUAUCGUGAAGGCUUUGCUGCAGCACGGUGCCGAUGUCAAUAGGACGGACGACGAAGGUAGAACCGCCUUGAUAGCUGCGGCUUACAUGGGUCAUAGCGAGAUAGUGGAACAUCUUCUCGACUUUGGCGCGAAAAUCGAUCAUGCGGACAGCGACGGGAGAACGGCACUGAGCGUUGCAGCCCUGUGCGUUCCAUCCAACCACGGUUACGCCAAAGUCGUUACGAUACUUUUAGAAAGAGGAGCCGCGGUAGAUCAUCAAGACAAGGAUGGUAUGACGCCGCUAUUGGUGGCUGCCUUCGAAGGUCAUAGAGACGUGUGCGAAUUGCUUCUGGAAUACGAAGCAGACGUGGAUCAUUGCGAUGCGACGGGAAGGACGCCUCUUUGGGCUGCAGCCAGCAUGGGUCACGGAUCAGUCGUUGCUUUGUUAUUAUUCUGGGGCUGUUACGUAGAUAGUAUAGACAACGAAGGUAGAACUGUACUCAGCGUUGCUGCCGCGCAAGGCGAUACGGACGUUGUCAAACAAUUACUCGAUAGAGGCCUUGACGAACAGCACAGAGACAACUCUGGAUGGACCCCGUUGCAUUACGCAGCCUUCGAAGGUCACAUAGACGUUUGCGAGGCGUUGCUAGAGGCUGGGGCAAAGAUCGACGAAGCCGAUAACGACGGAAAAGGUGCUCUGAUGCUUGCCGCGCAAGAAGGACACGCUACGUUAGUCGAGAGGCUCUUGGUGCAGCACGGCGCGCCCAUCGAUCAACACGCUCACGAUGGAAAGACUGCAUUGAGACUCGCGGCCCUAGAGGGACAUUACGACACCGUUAGAAUACUGUUGGGCCACAAAGCGGACGUAAAUGCAAAAGAUGCCGACGGCAGGAGCACUUUGUAUAUUCUUGCUUUGGAAAAUAGAUUAGCGAUGGCACGUUUUCUGUUAGAACACGCACCCGCUGAUGUCGAAGGUAGAGAUUCCGAAGGCAGAACUCCUUUGCAUGUGAGUGCUUGGCAAGGACACGUAGAGAUGGUUGCUUUAUUGUUGACGAAAGGAGGUGCGAGCGUGAACGCGUGUGACAACGAAAACAGAACGCCUCUUCACUCUGCGGCAUGGCAAGGGCAUGCAGCGAUCGUCAGACUACUGUUGGAACACGGGGCAACACCCGACCAUACUUGCAAUCAAGGUGCAACGGCUUUAGGUAUCGCCGCACAAGAAGGACACGAACACUGUGUUCGAGCCCUUCUAAAUCAUGGUGCUGACCCAAGUCAUUCGGACCACUGUGGUAGAAAUGCGAUCAAAGUUGCGGCUAAAAGCGGUCACGACACGGUAGUGAGAUUACUCGAAGAACAUGCUGCGAAUCAGCGAAGCUUAAAACCUACGAUCAAUGGAGGCGGUGGUGGUAGUAGUAGCGCGACUUCGAUAACAUCCAACUCGACCGCCGAAACGAAACCCUCCUCGGCGAUCUUAAAUCCUCUUUCAACGCAAUAUAGCCCAGCGGAAUCGCCAGAUUCUACGAAAAGAAGAAGCUGUGUUUCUUUGGGUAAUAAUUCGAGCAACAGCAAGUCGAGCAGCAAUUUGACGGGAAGCACUAAGAGUGAUCAAGGAAAAUUCAAUCAAAACUCUAUGGCCAAUCAAGUGAUUAAGACGCCACUAUCUUUCACCCAACAACUUCAACAAUGUUCAAGAGGAGCUAAAAGUCGACCACUGAGCAAAUUAUUGUCACCCUUAAAAAGUGAACCACAAAGUCCAAUUUACGCAUCACCACCUCACUCUCCGUUAAGCGAUAGUCUUAUACCUUACUCCCCCACAAACACGAGUCCACCUAGUGCACAAAUAGCGGCAAACGUAAUACAGAGUCAACUCGGUGUAUCGUUGUUAACAGGAAAUCAAAACUUACCGUAUAAAUCGCAAAUUGGUGCAUGCAAUCAUCAUACACCUGCAAUUUACGAGCCCAUAAAUAUAAAAACAGAAAUUAUCGAUAAAAAUGACAUAACUAAACCGUUCGAGUUAACGAACGAAAUGUUAGGCUUGAAUAUUGGAAAAGAUAAAAAAAAUAGUAUCGAGGAGAGAAGAACCUGUGCUGAUACACACUUUACUCGAGAUACUCACAUGAGAAUCAUUCUCGGAAACAGUGGAGCUGGCGUUGGUAGGAACGUAAAACAUACAACAGAACAUACACCUGGAAGUAUAAGUAAUAUAAAGCCAAAGCGCAACGGUUUAGUUUCUAAUCCAGCCAUGAGAUUAGUAGCAGGUGUUAGAAAUGGAAUUGAAAAUGCAACGAAUAGAAAUAAACCGAUCACUACACGUGUAAACGGAUUUCAAUGGAAAGCAGAAGCUCGUAAAGAAACUCCUUUGUAGGGAAAGGUUGCGCAAAAACCAACACCUCAAAGGAACUCUACGAAUCGCUAUUGUGGGUGGCGUAUUCUCAUUACCAAGAAGCGAAAGUCAAUACAUAAAUUUUUCUCCUUUUAUUUGAGCAAAAUCAAAUUACCUCAAAUAAAGAAGUGAAAGAA